GGGUACGUUUUUCUCCUUUCAUUAACUUUAUCAUCAUCCUUCAUCUGACUUUUUCCUUUUUCUUCAACUUUUUACUCCUAUCUAAAUCUAUUGUGUAACCCCCUUUUUUAGUUUUUACUCCUAUCUAAAUCUAUCGUGUAAUCUACUUUCUUUGAUUACUUGGAAAUGGACUUGUUCUUUUUCGCUAUAUUCAGUAAUUUGCAUGUGUCCUGUCCUCGUUUCUUUUUUUGAUUCUUUCUGGGUCCCGAAUCAGCCCGUUUCGUCGCAUAUCCAGCUAUCGACUGGGGGACUGAAAUUGGGUCGUUGAACUUUUUGAUCGAACAUUCUUGCAUUUGGGAGGAUCUAUUCUAGGCAUUGUUUUGAAGAUUACAAGAAUCCCUAUGGUGGUUGAUUUUUUCCCCCUUUCCGCGCAUUGGGUAUCUCAUAUUAGGAAAUUGAUGUUUGGUAAAAAUUGUUUCUUUUGGCCUUUUGGGGGUUCAACUUUCCGUUUAUGUCCCGUAAAAGAAAAACAUUAAUGUUCACUGCCAAAAGGAAAACAAAAUGGUUUUUGAGAAAAAUUUAACCUUGAAGUUUCUGUGGAAAACAAAUAGUUUGCUUGUUUCUGGAAAUAAAUAUAAGACGAUAAACAUUUCCAUUGUCCAAUGCGAAAUUGCGAAUCCCUCCAUUCUUGUUUCUUCCUCCCCUGGCUCAGAAACUAUGGUCUUUAUCUACUGAUUUAUUUAUGUCAAUAUAGAAAAAGAAGAAGAAAGUUAUGGGCAUUUCCAACAACCGUCUCUUGUCUUUUUCCGCUAAUUUCUCCGACUAGAAAAAGCUUCACUCUGAUCCGCAUUUGGUGCGGCCCGGCCGCUGUUUUUGGUUUACUUAAACAGUAUUUCUCACUUUGGUUCUUACGAGUUCUUCCUUUUUGUUCAAGACGGUGGGAUGUUUGAGUUGGUAGCUAAUUAAAGCUAAUUUUUGUUUGCCUCAACUUUCUCUUCUUUUGGUGUGCCUUUUUCUGGGGGUGCAGAGUUUUGAUUUGAAACGGCACCUUUCCGCUAACAGUGCCUGCUCUGCUGGCGACAGAGUUUUUUUUUUCCCCCAAAAUUUGCUUUUGGAAGAGAGGUUUUGAGGGAAAUUGUAUUUGACCAACUGAUAGCGACGGGUAUCACGUUUGUUUUCUCACAUUCGGAAUACAUUUUUUGGGGCCAGAAAGUACUGUAAUUGAAUGGCAAAUAGUGACACGUUUAUGUUUUCAUUUAUUGAAAAGUUAUGGAGAGGAGAGGUGGUUAUCUUUGGGGGAAGGUGGGGGGAUUUGAGAUUAAUCACUCGAUUUUGUGUUGUCUCUGUUUUUUCCCUUCUAUUUUCUUCGAUGAAAUAAUAGGAUAGCAACCCCAGUAGGUUGUUUUUUUCCUUAGCCCGUGCAGCUGAUGAGAAACCUUCCAAAAACCAAAAGGAGAAUGUUUGAUCAAAUCAUUAAAAUUAACUGGACCAUGGAUCUGCUUUUUUAUGGUUUCGGCUUUAUUUUGCUGUUUAACUUGAUAAUGGGUAUCGCCCAUUUUGUAUUGAACUGUCAGAUUCAAAAUUAUGUGAUUGGACUUCUGUUUUUUGAUUUAUUUUAUGCAAUUACUGUCCUGCUGGACAGUCUCAAUGCAAUUUACACCAAACGUUUGUCUUUAAUGCUGUAUCAUCCCGAGUACACCGGCAGUGAUGUUACUUUUUGGGUCUCCAACCUCAACUUUAAUCUCAACGUGAAUUUGCUGUUGUUAGUCAAUGUCAAUGUGAUAAAGCAUUUAAAGUCUCUGAUGAAUAUGGAGAGUUUGAUCACUAUAAACACACUCUUAUGUAUUUCUAGGAUUUCUUCUUUCGUGCUCAAAUUGCUGAUGGAACUCGUAACCCUUUGCAUGUCUUCUGCAUGUUGAAAUGCCUACUCAUCUGAGGGCUUGAGUUGGUUAGCCUAUUCAUCUUUGAAUGUUUAUAAUCUUCCUAUGGUCUACUUAUGAUAUGCUUUGUUUCAGGGAAUCCUACUUGGAUUGAUUCGAGUCGUGUGAAAAUUCAGUUCUGAAGAUAGCUUGCAAUUGCAUAUUGAUGGGCUGCUUCCACUCUAAAAACCAUAAGAAAGUUCCUGGUUAUGAGGAGCCUUCUGUUCUUGCUGCUGAGACACCCUGUGAGUAUGCCUUUUGUUCCUCAAUUGCUGCUGAAACAGCUUUUACAGUGAGCGAAGUAGAGGCAUUAUAUGAGCUGUUUAAGAAAAUCAGCAGCUCCAUAAUUGACGAUGGUCUCAUCCACAAGGAAGAAUUUCAGCUUGCACUCUUCAGGAACAAAAACAGGAAGAAUCUGUUUCUUGAUCGGAUAUUUGAUCUCUUUGAUGUGAAGCGCAACGGAGUUAUUGAAUUUGGCGAAUUUGUCAGGUCUCUGGGUGUGUUUCACCCAAAUGCUCCAACUGCGGACAAAGUUACAUUUGCAUUUAAAUUGUAUGAUUUACGGCAAACUGGUUUUAUUGAAAGAGAAGAGUUACAGGAGAUGGUAUUGGCGCUCCUGCAUGAAUCGGAUCUUAUACUUUCGAAUGAUGUUGUUGAUAUGAUUGUGGAUAAGACAUUUAAAGAUGCAGACAUAAAAGGUGACGGAAGGAUUGAUCAAGACGAGUGGAAAGAAUUUGUUUCAAAGUAUCCUUCACUUAUGAAGAAUAUGACUCUUCCAUACCUUAAGGAUAUAACUUUGUCAUUUCCCAGCUUUGUGGUAACCUCUGAAGUUGAAGAUUGGGAUAUAUAGAAUGACAGUGAAACUACUACUCAAAAUCUACUAGGUAGGUACAUACUCUAACAGGCAAACCACUGCAGCCGACUUUUAGUUUCGCACUGAUGGCUCUGGGGAGCAAUACUAGCACGAUGAAUCUCAUUUAGAGAGAGUACUACAAUUACGAACCCCGGUUCUGGCCUGCUGGUUUCAGACACAAUCGACGAGUUGUACAGAUAUCUGAAGAUUAACCAUGGCGUACAUUAUAUAUAGUUUAGCCAUGGCAGAGGAGGCUUUCAUUGCACCAGCAUAACCUUUUUCAGCCGGGGAAAGCCAAGCAUCUAGAGGAAGAUGAGCCGGUCCGCACUUUACAGGGAAGGGAAGGACUAUGUGGUGCGAAUAACAACUUCCGGCUUAAUCUGGUUGGACUUUAGGCUCCAACUCCCAAGUUAGUAAAAUUAGAAAUUACUACUACUUCCCUGCCAGAAAAGUACUCCACUUUUUUUUUUUUUUUGAAUUGUUGAGUUAGAACGGUACAAAAACUGUAGACUAUCAAACUGAGUCGAAAGGAAGUAUGUUUUCCUUCUUUUCUGAAAUGGAUGUAACUUGUAAGCGCAGAAUGGAUCCAUCCAUGAAUCAAUGAUGACAAUUUGAGACAUAUCUAUUGAGUUCGAACAACAUUCUUACAAACUACACGGUUUGACUUUCGGAU